UUGCAAAACUUUAAAUAAACUAAAGAUAACCGAAUCAUUACUUAGUUGGGCCCACUGAUUUGCAGUCGCUCAUUUGCUUCAACUGGUUCCAAUAAAUAACAGAUAUCUAAAUGGAACGUUACAAGCUCGGACCCGCAACGAUCGAGUAUGAUCCUAUGUGUGAUAAAGAAAAACCACAGAGAAUUUCAUUUGAAGAUGUUUCGGCAGCUGCUUUUAGGAUUCAAAGUGAGAUAGUGAAAACGCCUUGCGUGAAAUCUCACAUGUCUACGACUUUUGGAAUGGAAAUUUAUCUCAAGAAUGAUUUCCUGCAACAUACUGGCAGUUUCAAAGAGCGUGGUGCACGAAAUGCUCUUCUGCUUUUAAAUAAGGAGACCAAAGCUCGCGGUGUGAUUUCUGCUUCUCUGGGGAAUCACUCGCAGGCGCUGAGUUUCCAUGCCAACAACCUCAACAUCCCUGCAACCGUGGUGAUGCCCAACGUAGCUCCGAUUAUGAAAAUCCAAAAGUGUCGCUCUUAUGGAGCCAAUGUCAUCAUACACGGCCAUGACAUGAAGGAGGCUAAGUACCACGCCAUGAGCCUGGCUAAGGAGCGCGGUCUCACCUACAUAAAUGGUUCGUUUGUCCCCAGUUACGACCACCCUCACAUAAUGUCGGGGCAGGGGACCGUGGGGUUGGAGAUCGUGGAGCAGGUGCCCGACGUGGACGCCGUGCUGGUGCCGGUGGGGGGCGGAGGCCUGCUCGCCGGGGUCGCCACCGCCAUCAAGCAUCUCAAGCCGCAUGUGCUCAUCUAUGGUGUGGAGACAGAGAAGUGCCCGAGCAUGCAGCACGCCAUGAAGCAAGACGAGCCGGUGAGCGUGGAGAUCAGGUCGACGCUCGCUGAUGGUCUGGCCGUGCCCACUGUGGGAUACAAUGCCUUCGUCACCGUCAAGCCCAUCGUCGACAGAAUGAUAACUGUGAACGAAGACUGGAUCGCUCGUGCUAUCCUGCGGCUGAUUGAGCAAGAGAAGUACGUUGUGGAGGGGGGUGGUGCCGUUGGCGUGGCGGCCAUCAUGGCUGGCCUGGUGCCAGAGCUCGCCGGGAAGAAAGUUGUGUGCAUUCUAUCGGGUGGUAACAUAGACACCACGAUACUGGGCCGGUGUCUGGAGCGCGGACUGGCGGCGGAGCAGCGGCUGGUGAAGUUCAAAGUGACGGUGAGCGACCGGCCCGGCGGCAUCGCUGAACUGUGCAAGCUCAUAUCUUCUACCGGCGUCUCCAUCAAGGAUAUCAUACAGGAACGCGCUUGGGUCCACGGUGAUAUAUUCAGUGUUCGGGUCAAGGUAGUGUGCGAGACCCGCGGGCCGGAGCACCUGGAGGAGCUGCGUGCGGUGAUCGCCACCACGUACCGCGAGUGGGACUUCGCCGGCGAGUACGACGCCUACCCGCGCCGCAACAGUACCGACUCACUUGACGACGUGUCUCACUAAAAGACAUACAUACAUGUUACUAGGUUCUGCCCGUGACUUUGCUCGCAUUGACGUGUAUUUUUUGCGAUUUUUUUUUAAGUUAUAGUUUUGAAGGUAUACUUCAAUCAACUAAUUUAACAUAGCUAUAAUAUUGUUCUUGAUUUUUAUUAUUUAUAUUACCUGUCUCGGGAGAUUUAAGAAUUUGUACCUAUUGGAAACGGUUCUUUUUUAACUCAUCUAUGUUUAUCUAAAAUGUAGUUAAUAGUUUCCUAAAUAAACCCUUUAGGAAUCUAAAUAAAUUUUAACUUUUAUAUCUCCCAUUUUGACAUUAAUAAACAUAUAUGUAGGUACCUACCUAUUAAUACUAUGUAGACUAACGACUCUUGCAACUAUUCGAAUUUUAACUUUUCGAGUUUAUAAUUUUAUAGUGAUGUACCUACUAAUAUUAGUGUGUAAGAUUUUUCAAUAAAUAUCUGUGAUAUGUAACAAUUUUCUAAUGAUGUUGAUCAAUAAAAAUAAACUGUGCAUAGAUACUCUCUGUUUGUUCCUACAACUGUUUGUCAAUUUAUAACAAUUUAUAGUUAAUAAGUAAUAAAUAUAUAUAAAAAAA